UUCGCCUGCACCUGCAGCCUGGGUGGCCCCGACAUGAUCCCUUACUUCUCCGCCAACGCGGUUAUCUCACAGAACGCCAUCAACCAGCUCAUCAGCGAGAGCUUUCUAACUGUGAAAGGUGCUGCCCUUUUUCUACCACGGGGAAAUGGCUCAUCGACACCAAGAAUCAGCCACAGGCGCAACAAGCAUGCAGGCGAUCUCCAACAGCAUCUCCAAGCGAUGUUCAUAUUACUCCGCCCAGAAGACAAUAUCAGGCUGGCUGUAAGACUGGAAAGUACUUACCAGAAUCGAACACGCUAUAUGGUAGUGGUUUCAACUAAUGGUAGACAAGACACUGAAGAAAGCAUCGUCCUAGGAAUGGAUUUUUCCUCUAAUGACAGUAGCACUUGUACCAUGGGCUUAGUUCUGCCUCUCUGGAGUGAUACCCUAAUUCAUUUGGAUGGCGAUGGUGGGUUCAGCGUAUCAACAGAUAACAGAGUUCACAUAUUCAAACCUGUAUCUGUGCAGGCAAUGUGGUCUGCCCUACAGAGUUUACACAAGGCUUGCGAAGUGGCCAGAAUGCAUAACUACUACCCAGGCAGCCUCUUUCUCACCUGGGUGAGUUAUUAUGAGAGCCAUAUCAACUCAGAUCAAUCCUCAGUCAAUGAAUGGAAUGCUAUGCAGGAUGUGCAGUCCCAUCGGCCCGACUCACCAACUCUCUUCACCGACAUACCAACUGAACGUGAGCGAACAGAAAGGCUAAUUAAAACCAAAUUAAGGGAGAUUAUGAUGCAGAAGGAUUUGGAGAAUAUUACAUCUAAAGAGAUCCGAACAGAGUUGGAAAUGCAGAUGGUGUGCAACUUGCGGGAAUUCAAGGAAUUUAUAGAUAAUGAAAUGAUAGUGAUCCUUGGUCAGAUGGAUAGCCCCACACAGAUAUUUGAACAUGUGUUCUUGGGCUCAGAAUGGAAUGCCUCCAACUUGGAGGACUUACAGAACCGAGGCGUGCGGUAUAUCUUGAAUGUCACUCGAGAGAUAGAUAACUUCUUCCCAGGAGUCUUUGAGUAUCAUAACAUCCGGGUAUAUGAUGAAGAGGCAACAGAUCUCCUGGCUUACUGGAAUGACACUUACAAGUUCAUCUCUAAAGCAAAGAAACAUGGUUCUAAAUGCCUUGUGCACUGCAAGAUGGGGGUGAGUCGCUCAGCCUCCACCGUGAUUGCCUAUGCAAUGAAGGAAUAUGGCUGGAAUCUGGACCGAGCCUAUGACUACGUGAAGGAAAGGCGAACAGUAACCAAGCCCAACCCCAGCUUCAUGAGACAACUGGAAGAAUACCAAGGGAUCUUGCUGGCAAGCAAACAGCGGCAUAACAAACUGUGGAGAUCUCAUUCAGAUAGCGACCUCUCAGACCACCAUGAACCCAUCAGCAAACCUGGGCUAGAGCUCAACAAGAAGGAGAUCACCACCUCAGCAGACCAGAUUGCUGAGGUAAAGACCACAGAGAGUCACCCACCCAUACCUCCUGUCUUCGUGGAGCAUGUGGUCCCACAAGAUGCAAAUCAGAAAGGCCUGUGUACCAAAGAAAGAAUGAUCUGCUUGGAGUUUACUUCUAGGGAAUUUCAUGCUGGACAGAUUGAGGAUGAAUUAAACUUAAAUGACAUCAAUGGAUGCUCGUCAGGGUGUUGUCUGAAUGAAUCAAAAUUCCCUCUUGACAACUGCCACACAUCCAAAGCCUUAAUCCAACCUGGACAUGCCCCAGAAAUGGCCAACAAGUUCCCAGACUUAACAGUGGAAGAUCUGGAGACGGACGCACUGAAAGCAGACAUGAACGUCCACUUACUGCCUAUGGAAGAAUUGACAUCUCAACUGAAAGACCUCCCCAUGUCCCCUGAUCCUGAGUCACCAAGCCCCCAACCCAGUUGCCAGGCUGAAAUCUCAGAUUUCAGUACAGAUCGCAUUGACUUUUUCAGCGCCCUAGAGAAGUUUGUAGAGCUCUCCCAAGAAACCCCCCGGUCCCGAUCCUUUUCCCACUCAAGGAUGGAGGAACUGGGUGGAGGAAAGAGUGAGAGCUGUCGACUCUCAGUGGUAGAAGGAGCCCCUUCCAAAGUGACAGCUGAUGACCAGAGGAGCAGCUCUUUGAGUAAUACUCCCCAUGCAUCUGAAGAAUCUUCAAUGGAUGAGGAACAGUCAAAGGCAAUCUCAGAACUGGUCAGCCCAGACAUUUUCAUGCAGUCUCACUCAGAAAAUGCAAUUUCAGUCAAAGAAAUCGUCACUGAAAUUGAGUCCAUCAGUCAAGGAGUUGGACAGAUUCAGCCUAAAGACAUUUUAUCCAACCCAUGCCACACACCAAAGAAGAACACCAUCUAUGAGCUGCCCCUUGAGAGGACCCAGGUGCCAGAGAACAAACCUGGACAUCUGGAACAGGACGAGGGCUCCUGUACAGCCCAGCCUGAACUAGCCAAAGACUCAGGGAAGUGUGACCCAGAAGGCUACCUAACCACACACUUACUCAUAGCAGACCUGGAAGAAGAGGAACCAUCUGAGGAAGAACAAGAGCUCCAGGGCCCAGGGAUGCACCCGGGUGCCAAGUGGUGCCCUGGGUCUGUGAGGCGAGCCACCUUGGAGUUCGAAGAGCGCUUACGGCAGGAGCAAGAGCACCAUGGUGCUGCCCCCACAGGUACCUCAUUGUCCAUGCGCAAGAAUUCCAAGAAUGAGUCUUCUGUGGCAGACCUAGCACCAAAAGGGAGAAGUGAUGAAGCCACCCCAGAACAUUCAUUUGUCCCCAAGGAACCAGAGAUGAGCAAGGGCAAAGAGAAGUACAGUGGGUUUGAAACUGGUUCACUAUCCCAUUCUGAGCAGAAUGCCACUAUUCCAGUACCCGAGCUGCUAGAGUUUCACCCAGUGCCAGCUCCUCAGGAGUGCCCAGGGUCAGAUACUAGAACAAAGCAGGAAGGAGUCCUGAAGGAUCAGAGCACUGGGGUUUCACACCAGGAAUCUGAGCCACAGGUAGUCCCUCUUCCCCUUCCCAAGAGGAUAGAAAUCAUUGAGUAUACCCACACAGUUACAUCACCCGAUCACACUGGGCCAGGGGGUGAAAUCACCACCAGUGAAAAGAGUGAAGAGCAAGGACUGAGGAAGGUGAAAGUGGAGAAGUCCAUCACUGUGCUCUGUGCACUGGACGAAAAUCUAAACAGGACUCUGGACCCUGACCAGAUUUCUAUGCAUCCCCACAUGCUACCUCUGCCUCAUUCUUCCUCUCCUGAGCACAACAGGCCCACUGACCACCCAACCUCCACGCCGAGCAGCCCUGAAGACAGAGGCGACAGCCCAUCAACAGCCCUGGAGACCACAGUACCUUUUAUCAGUCACACAACCCGUGUACCGUUUGCCAACUUGGAUUACCUGCAUCCCCAGACUGUGGUUCACCUGGAAGGCUUCACAGAGCAAAGCAGCACCACAGACGAGCCCUCUACAGAGCAGGUUAGCUGGGAAGAAAGUCAGGAGGGCCCCCUCUCUAGUGGCAAUGAAGUGCCACACAAGGGCUCCCAGUUAACUAGCAGAGACCUAAGUUUAAUUAGCAAACUAGGUGACAACACUGGGGAGUUACAGGGAAAACUGGACCCCUCAUCUGUAGCUUGUCGACUCCCACAUAGUUCUAGCAGUAAAAAUAUAAAGGGUCUCAGCCACAGCCCUGGUGUGGUGAAGGAGCGCGCUAAAGAAAUCGAGUCCCGAGCGAUUUUCCAGGCAGAGCUCAGCAAACCAUCCCAAAUGAGGCGCUCAGCAUCUCUCGCCAAGUUAGGUUACUUGGACCUCUGUAAAGACUGUUUACCAGAGAGGGAGCCUAUCUCCUCUGAAUGCCCUCAUCUCAAACAGCUUCAGCCCUUCCUCAGAACAGACUCAGGCAUGCACACCAUGGAGGCCCAAGAGCCCCCUGAAAACCCAGGUGCCCCCCAGAACCCAGAGCCCACCAAGUAUUUUGUAGAACAAUUCAAAGCAACAGAGUGUAUUGUGCAGAGCAAGCCAGUGGAGAGGCCCCUUGUGCAGUAUGCCAAAGAAUUUGGUUCCAGUCAGCAGUGUUUGCUCCCCAGGGCAGGACCUGAAUUGACUAGUUCUGAAGGAGGCCUUCCUUUGUUGCAGACCCAGGGACUGCAGUGUGCAGGCCCAGCCCCAGGGCUGGCUGUGGCACCCCGUCAGCAACACGGCAGAACUCACCCCCUUAGGAGACUGAAAACAGCAAACAAUAAAAAACGGACAACCAACCCCUUCUAUAAUACCAUGUGAUUCUGAGCCUACACAUGUGACUUUCUAAAAGAAAUGUUUGUAAAAGGGGCAGGUGUAAUAUGUAAAGAACAUGCACUUUAUUGGUUAAUUUUAUAAUAUUUUGGUCAUUUUACUGUUUCUAGCGCAUGCAGGGUUUGGGUUUUCAGUGUGUGUGUGUGUGUUAUAUGUGAGGAGAGAUUGAUUUGGAUGGCAAGACCAUUUUAUCGUUUUUUAUUUAAAAAAAAAUUCAAACCUCAAACCCUCAUUUUCAAAGAACACCUGUAUCAAAGGCAAAUUGCUGUUUUUCAAUCAGCUGCCACCUGCUCCUCAUUUUGCCCUGUGAGAAAAAGCAUGGUUGCUUGAUUGAAGGAAGGAAGCAGAUGGAGAGGGUGGAGAUGAAGCUGGGAAUUGGAAACGCUCCCCUGGGUCUUUGUGAUGAUGGUUUGGUUUCCAGACCUGAGGCAUCAGAUGGGCUGAAGGGCAGCCAGAAGUCAGAGGGCUCCCAGCCACUGCCCUUCGGAGUUCCUAAAGGAGGCAGGUUCUGCUUUGCUUUAAAAGGGGGUCUUCCAGAAUCCAUUUCUUCUGGUAUUCCAGAGUGUAUCAAUACAGAAAGGCAUGAUAAUGGCUGGCUUUGUAAAUUUAUUAAAUAGUUUUUCCCCCAAGAAAAUAAUUUUUGAAAUUAAAUUUAAAAGAACCCCAAAUGAAAUCUGAAUGGUCUUCUGUAGAGGAAAGCAUGAGAGGAUGAAGACGUGAGUUGGGGGUGUAGAGCCCACUGCCCAGUAACUGCUGGGUGAUGGCAUCCACACAGGUGGUGACCCUGACCCUUCCUGCCAGAAAACAUGCUCUGCAGUGUCCUCCCAACUAAAACACAAUAGUGACAAGUUUGAAAAGCAGCAAUCAAAAGUCAAUGUGUUCUUGUAAAAUGAAUACAUAUGUAGGGUUUUAACCCUUCCAUUACUUGAAUAAUUCUGUGGGCCCUCUGAGUUUAAUGGCCACAUUUGUUUUUCCUUCCCCAUGCUCUUUCCCUGUGCUGCCUUUUUUUUUAUUUGAUAGAUUAUAUUUGAAUUGUUACAU